CCCGCCAACAUGGUGUUUCGUAUCCUAAUGCGCUAUUUAGCCAAUAAUGAACAGCUUAUAAAUCGUAUGGCCGAAAGUUAUCCAAUGCGUCGUGCAGCACAAAUUGUUGUCUCCCUCAUGUAUCGGGCCAAGGAUUUGGCACAUGAAACAAAAUUACAUGAAAUGUCACCGGAUCGUUUUAAAUCAUUUAUGAACCUUUUCAAAGAUAAUGUGAAAAAAGAAAUCGAAGGUGUCAAGGAUGAAAUUAAAAAGAAGAAAUUUUAG